UUAUCUGUAGCAUCUUCUCGAAGUGAAUAAGUGUAUUUCUAGUUCAGUAGACAUUGCAUUUACGUUUCGUCAUCUUUAUUAUCUUUACAAGCGUUAUAUAAAUAGUUGCGACACACUUAAUAUUGAGCAGUCGAAGGCACACUUUAUUUUUUAGUCAUCGUGAUUCGGUUUUAAAUCGUUCACUAUGGCUUGUUUAAGUUGCAUCGGUAUAUUUGUUGUAAUAUCAGCAGUGGCUCUUAAAAUUUAUAUUAAAUUAAACACACGAUGGAAUGGGAGUUAUACAUGUUUAAAAGGAAAAACAGCUAUUGUUACAGGGUCAAAUACGGGGCUUGGCUAUGAAAACGCGUUGGAUUUUGCUAUGAGAGGGGCCCGAGUAAUUUUAGCUUGUAGGAGUAAAAGUAGAGCGGAUGAAGCACGAGAUAAAAUUGUCGCUAAAACAGGAAAUCAAAAUGUAGUGGUUAAAUUAUUAGAUUUACAGUCGUUUAAAUCAAUAAGAGAUUUUUGUGAGGAUAUUAAUAAAAACGAGGAAAGUUUAGAUAUUUUAGUAAACAACGCUGGAGUUGCGUAUUUAGGUGAAGGUAAAACCGAAGAUGGAUUAUUAAAAGUUAUGCAAACAAAUCAUUUUGGACCGUUUUUAUUAACACAUUUAUUAAUAGAUAAAUUAAAAAAAUCCACACCAAGUCGAAUAGUAAACGUAUCAUCAUUCCUAGCUAAAUCGGCAGAUUUAAAACUCGACCAAAUCAACGAAUAUCCAAAAACAUCAACUGUACAAGCCGAAAAUAUGUUGUAUAAUAACACAAAAUUAUGCAAUCUCUUAUUUACGAUAGAAUUAGCCAAAAAACUCGAAGGAACCGGCGUAACUGUUUUAGCGGCACAUCCGGGAGCUACAACAACCGAAUUGGGUAGAGGAUUAAACAAAUUCAUCCUUAUGGCUUUUGAUGUGUUGAGAACGUUGUAUUUUUGGAAACCCGUCGAAGGAGCGCAAUGUCAAAUUUAUUGUUCCGUUGCUAAAAACUUAGAAAUAUAUCAUGGGGAGUUUUUUGGAAAUUGUAAAAAGAUAGAAAUGUACGAGAAAGCUAAAGAUGUCGUUUUGGGGAAAGCUUUGUGGAGAAAAAGUGAGGAGAUGACUAAAUUAGGAGAGAACGAGAAACUUUAAUUUAAAAUUGUUGUCUAUUUUUUUUUUUAAUAUAAUUGUUAAAUUAUUAA